UGUGGUCCGGAGGCAGUGGGAAGGCGCGGGGCUGGGAGGCCGCGGCGGGAGGGAGGAGCAGCCCCAGCAGGCUCAGCGCUUAUGCCCCGCCUCUGGUGGCUGCCUAAAACCUGGCGCCGGGCUAAAACAAACGCGAGGCAGCCCCCGAGCCUCCACUCAAGCCAAUUAAGGCGGACUCGGUCCACUCCGUUACGUGUACAUCCAACAAGAUCGGCGUUAAGCCGCCGCCGAAUCAUGUCGAUGAGUCCAAAGCACACGACUCCGUUCUCAGUGUCUGACAUCUUGAGUCCCCUGGAGGAAAGCUACAAGAAAGUGGGCAUGGAGGGCGGCGGCCUCGGGGCUCCGCUAGCGGCGUACAGGCAGGGCCAGGCGGCACCGCCGGCCGCGGCUAUGCAGCAGCACGCCGUGGGGCACCACGGCGCCGUCACCGCCGCCUACCACAUGACGGCGGCGGGGGUGCCCCAGCUCUCGCACUCCGCUGUGGGGGGCUACUGCAACGGCAACCUGGGCAACAUGAGCGAGCUGCCGCCCUACCAGGACACCAUGCGAAACAGCGCUUCCGGCCCCGGAUGGUACGGCGCCAACCCAGACCCGCGCUUCCCCGCCAUCUCUCGCUUCAUGGGCCCGGCGAGCGGCAUGAACAUGAGCGGCAUGGGCGGCCUGGGCUCGCUGGGGGACGUGAGCAAGAAUAUGGCCCCGCUGCCCAGCGCGCCGCGGCGGAAGCGCCGGGUGCUCUUCUCCCAGGCUCAGGUGUACGAGCUGGAGCGACGCUUCAAACAACAGAAAUACCUGUCGGCGCCGGAGCGCGAGCACCUGGCCAGCAUGAUCCACCUGACACCCACGCAGGUCAAGAUCUGGUUCCAGAAUCACCGCUACAAAAUGAAGCGCCAAGCCAAGGACAAAGCAGCACAACAGCAAUUGCAGCAGGACAGCGGCGGCGGCGGCGGCGGGGGCGGCGGCGGGGGCGCCGGUUGCCCACAACAGCAGCAGGCUCAGCAGCAGUCGCCGCGCCGUGUGGCAGUGCCGGUCCUGGUGAAAGACGGCAAACCCUGCCAGGCUGGCGCCCAGGCGCCGGGCGCCGCCAGUCUACAAGGCCACGCACAACAGCAGGCGCAGCAGCAGGCUCAGGCCGCCCAGGCGGCAGCAGCGGCUAUCUCGGUCGGCAGCGGUGGCGCGGGCCUGGGGGCACACCCGGGCCACCAGCCUGGCAGCGCAGGCCAGUCUCCGGACCUGGCGCACCACGCAGCCAGUCCCGCAGCGCUGCAGGGCCAGGUCUCCAGCCUGUCCCACCUGAACUCCUCAGGCUCGGACUAUGGCACCAUGUCCUGCUCCACCUUGCUAUACGGUCGGACCUGGUGAGAGGACGCUCCGCCCGCCUUAGCCCGGCGCGCUGCCUCACCGCUUCCCCUCUGCCCGCCACACAGACCACCAUACACCCGCUGCUCCACGCGCUUCUACUUUUCUUAAGAACCUGUCCGCGUUUAGACCGAGGAAAAAUACACAAAGGCC